AUGGCGACCGUAGCGACCGUGGCCAGUGUGGUCUCUGUCUCAUUGCUCUCGGAGGCCGAAUUCGGCUGCGAGCACCUGGCCACCCAGAUAGGACAAGAUGCCAACACGGCGGAGCAGUUCAAGAGCUCCUUUAUCAAGGCGCAUAACUCCCUGGCGGUCUUGCCCAAGCCUGUGGACGGACUCAUUAAGAAUGCUCGUUCAAAGGCCCACGGGUUCUUAAAGCCCAAGUAUAUUUGCUUGACAUGUUCAGAAACCUGCUUGAUGAGCGAGCGGCAAGCUCACACCGAUAAGACGGGUCACUCAUUCUUCAUGGAUUCUCGAGCUCGCAAUCUCUAUUGUCAGGGCUGCGGGGACUUUGUCUUCGAUCAUGGGCUGGAAAGACUGCGCUGCUCCGCAGCAGAAAGUGCCUUGCAAGUCGCCAAGAAACGUCGAUUUAGCGAUAGUUCAGCAGAUGAGCUAUACAUUCGGAGCAAUGCCACCAAACGUCCCUGCGCAAAACAGGGCGUCAGGGGCUUGUUCAACUUGGGCCAGACCUGUUAUCUGAAUGUCAUCCUGCAGACUCUCCUACACGAUCCAAUCCUCAGCACAUAUUUUCUAGGAGAUGGUCACCAGCCGCAUGACUGUACUAUUCCCGACUGUGUAGGCUGUGCAGUCGCUGAAGCAUUUGCCGACUUCAACAGCAUCGACAAGGCCGAAGGGUUUACUGCUUUGAAUCUUCUUGUGGCGUCAUGGCGCUCGAGUCCCACACUAGCCGGCUAUCAGCAACAGGACGCUCACGAGUACUAUCAAUUCCUCGUGGAUAAACUCCAUGCAAGCACCGAGGACCACCACGAGAACCACCAGAAGGGAUGUCCUUGCUUCUUCCACAAGACAUUCUACGGCAAGCUCCGUAGUAGCGUGACAUGCGACAAGUGUGGCAAUGUCACCAAAACCGAGGACCCGAUGGUGGACCUCAGCCUCGAUGUACAGGUGAAGAAACGAGCCAUGGGUGGUGGGGUUGGUUCGUCGACCCCAACGCUGAGUGGUUGCCUUGAGAGUUUCACCUCCCCGGAGAAGCUCAUGGCAGGCGUAUACAACUGCAGCCAGUGCAACGGGGGCUCUCAGAAGGCGACCAAGCAGUUGCGGAUCAAGAAACUGCCGGCCAUCUUAUGCAUGCAGCUCAAGCGAUUCGAGCACAGCGCCUCUGUCUCCGAGAAACUCGAAGGCCGGAUUGAAUUUCCGCUUUCCAUCAACAUGCUCCCGUACACGACGAAUCCACACUCCAAGGUUGACAAAGCACGCUUCAUGUAUGACCUCUCAUCCGCCGUCGUGCACAAGGGCAAGCUGGAUUCGGGUCACUAUUACGUUUACUGCCGCCAAGGAGACGAGUGGAUGCUCUUCAACGACGACCAAGUAACACCAGUGGCCGAGGCAGACGUCCUCAACGCAGACGCCUACCUCCUAUUCUACAACCUCCGAUCCCUGGCCUCUGCACCACACUAA